AUGCCUUUAGGAGCAGGUCCCUCCUCCCCUGUGGCUCUGCCUGCGCCGCUGCCCGGAGAGUCUGAGUCUCCGUCCUGGCAAAUACGAGCAGCGUUCUGGGAAACAUCUACUGAGGCCGGUGCUGCGCACCCCUCCGUGACAGCCGGCCCCCCCGUUUACAAUCGGAGUCCCCCCAGGACUCCCUUUGUCCAGCAAGAGUCCUUUCCGCCAGUAAUCGAAGAUGAAUUUCUCCGGCUCCCAAAGACAGGCUCUGCGUUAGGGCGCCGCUUCCCUCCCUCGGAGUCCCGGGCUGCGGCUGGGAGACGCGCGCCGGCGGGGCCGGAGGCUGGACAAGGACGAGCGUUUCCCCCAGACUCCAGGCGCGGUCCCCGGUCCCCCACCCUCGGGAGCGGGACUGCCGUUACUCCACCCCGCGGUCUCCUCGGCCUCAGCCUGGCACCCCACCCCCUCCAGGCCCGCCCGGGGGCUUCGCGUUCCGCCUCUGCGUCCCGGGCGGGCACCGCGCCAGCACCCCCACGGCUCAUGCUUGCUUUUCUCAUCCUCUCCAGCUUGACCGGGAGGGAGGUCCUAACGUCCUUCCCAGGGCUGGGCACCGAGGCAGCCCCAACGCAGGGCAGUGCCCACCUGAAGCAGUGUGACCUGCUGAAGCUGUCCCGCCGGCAGAAGCAGCUGUGCAGGCGGGAACCUGGCCUGGCUGAGACCCUGCGGGACGCAGCACACCUUGGCCUGAUCGAGUGUCAGUUCCAGUUCCGGCAGGAGCGCUGGAAUUGCAGCCUGGAGGGAAGGACUGGCCUGCUCAAGAGAGGUUUCAAGGAGACUGCCUUCCUGUACGCGGUGUCCGCGGCCGCCCUCACCCAUGCGCUGGCCCGGGCCUGCAGUGCUGGGCGCAUGGAGCGCUGCACCUGUGAUGACUCCCCGGGCCUGGAAAGCCGGCAGGCCUGGCAGUGGGGUGUGUGCGGUGACAACCUCAAGUAUAGCACCAAAUUCCUGAGCAAUUUCCUGGGGCCCAAGAGAGGCAGCAAGGACCUGCGGGCUCGGGCCGACGCCCACAACACCCACGUGGGCAUCAAGGCUGUGAAGAGCGGCCUCAGGACCACCUGCAAGUGCCAUGGGGUGUCAGGAUCCUGUGCUGUGCGCACCUGCUGGAAGCAGCUCUCCCCCUUCCGCGAGACAGGCCAGGUGCUAAAGCUGCGCUAUGACUCGGCUGUCAAGGUGUCCAGUGCUACCAACGAGGCUUUGGGCCACCUGGAGCUGUGGGCACCUGCCAAGCCAGGUGGCCCUGCCAAAGGCCUGGCACCACGGCCUGGGGACUUGGUCUACAUGGAGGACUCCCCGAGCUUCUGCCGGCCUAGCAAGUAUUCUCCGGGCACAGCGGGCAGGGUGUGCUCCCGGGAGGCCAGCUGCAGCAGCCUGUGCUGUGGGCGUGGUUACGACACCCAGAGCCGCCUGGUGGCCUUCUCUUGCCACUGCCAGGUUCAGUGGUGCUGCUACGUGGAGUGCCAGCAGUGCGUGCAGCAGGAGCUUGUGUACACCUGCAAGCGCUAGGCACUGCACGGUGAGCCGGCCCGUGCCGCUGGGACCUUGGUGGCCCUGUGGGGCAGGUACACACAGUGUGCAUGUGGACACAGAUGGACAUGCCUGCGAACAUACGUGUGCCACUCCUCACUUUUCUGUCCCCACUCUACUCUCAGCCAGCUUCUUGUCUCCCACAGGACUCAGCAAACUCAGCGAAGGGUCCUGCCCUGAAUCCGAGGGUCUCUAACCUUGUGGAAGAUUUGGACCAGGAGCGCAGGCUGGGAAGGGAUAUGGAGGGAAUAAAGGAGACCUAAAGGAGGGCCGGAGUGAGGCAGUGCAGCGAGGGAGGGGUGUUCUGCCAUCUCCCAUUCCUGGGAUGCAUGGCCUGGAGCCAGCAAGCUGCUGGGAGGAGGCAGGAGAGACAGUGCCAGCUGCAAGCCUAGGUAGGCACCCAGCCAAGAUGGGUCGGUCCAGCCCUGCUCAGAUUGCCACGAGCUCUGGGUGCCAUGCACUCACACUGCUCUGGCGGUGGUGCUAGGAGCAAGGAAAUCUUUCUGGGUUUAGUGAAACCAAGUGAGAUCCAUGCCCUCAAGUCUCGCGUCCUUAAUUUGAUUUUUCAGACCUAGCUGUGCUGAGACCUCAUUCCUGUCUGCGUAGCUGAAUUUCUCACAGCUACCCAGCUCUGUUCAAAGAGGCUUCCAAGGCAGAUGAGGAAAGUGGGACAGCGAGUGGCCAGAGUGGGACACAACAGUGAACCUGCAGCUGGGCACCCUCCCCACUUCCCUGGUGGGCAAAGGAAACUUUGAUGGGAGCCCAAAGGAAGAGGGUGACAGCCACCUGGUGCCAGCAGGGAUGCACGAGCUCAGUGUUCCAGCUUGCGCUGGCGUGUGUUCUGGCCAACCCCUGUGGCUGUGGUCCCCCUGGGCUGGGAGCCCCCACAGCUGCUGAUAUUUGCAUUGCAGAAGGACUUGGACUCAUGAUCUGCGGUUCUGGUUACAUGUCUGUUCUCCCAGCUGCUUGUCUAAUUCAGGCCUUUGUCCUGGUAGUCUUUACUAAGCCUGGCUCCUCGGUGGCCUCUUUAAUAAUGGCCCCUUACUUGGGCCCCUGCCUGUGUAAUAGAAGUGACUUUGCUAACUUCUGUGGACCUGUAGACAUUUGCAGUACCACCUUCCAAGGCGCCGAGUGGAAGGAGGAGAGAGACUGCAUCCAUUUAUCGGCGCACACAGAUGCCUGCCCCACUGGGACCAGGUGGGUGGGUGGUUUCCAGGGAACAGCGCACAUCUCUGGCCCAGGACAAAGCUCUUGCAGCGGCUGGUUUGCUGGAGCCUAUGUGCUUCCCAAGAGCAGGGCCCGAGGCCAGCAGGGAGGAAGUGACCUCCUUCGGGAAGCUUGUAGCUGCUUGGCUGGCCUGCCGCGCCCUCUUGUACGCUUCCUUUCUCCCUGAACCUGGGGCUGCUGACCCUCCGCUGAAACAGGAAAUCCAGAAUCAGCCGAGUGCACAGAACUCUUGGGAAGUCCAGCUCCAGGAAGAAGGCCAGAGGCCCAACAGCCUCCCUGAGACCUUCACAGCCAGAGGAGCCACUCUGUCUUCGGGGACUCGAGGCAGUCCGGGGAUGCUGGAAGGACCUUUGAUGGUGGAGGCACGGAUGCGAAGCCAAAACGACUUCACACCCCUCGCUAGAACGAUUUUGCUGACCCUGGCAGCUGGCCCAUGUCUUGGCAGAAGGAGAGAAGAGUGUGUUAGCCUGGUUUUCUAACUUCGUUCUAUUUCUCCUCUCUGCACGGAGACUCGUUCUCUGCCAGUGGGAUCCAUCUUCCCUCUGUGACUCCAGCACUGCUUCUACCGUGGCUCAGCCCUGGGCUGCACUGGCGGGAGGAGGGACUUGGGAGCCACUCAGGGGCCAGGGCGCCCUAAUCUACCACCACUCCAUCUGCACCAAACUCAAUGGCUGUUAGGGCUGGGGUUGCAGGAGGAUAAGGGGUAAACCCGGAUGACCAAGGUCAUGGCUGGCCACUGACACUGACACCCAGGUCCCUGACCCCUCGGCUUGUGGGGGGGUCCUGUUCAUCCAGCCCUCCCUCUCCCUUUUUCUCCUUGUUUGCAGCUCUUUCCCUCCUCGUUACCCCUAAAAAUCCACCUUAGCCCUUCCGGGACUCCUGGGGACCAGAGUGACCAAUAACCCCUCAUUCUGCAGCUUUAAGGGCAAUGCUCACAGGGUAUUUUUGUCUACCUCACAUAUAUAGUUCUUAGGGCAAAAGAGAAUAUUUAUAUAGCUAAGAUAUAUGGGAAAGUAUUUAUGUUAUUUAUAUAGUUUCUGUCUCACAGGCAGCACAUGUGGAGUCUGUGUUUCCCCAGAAGCUUUCUGUCUGGGGAAACACAGCGUGGCCUGGCUGGGGCCCCCACUGAGUCAGAUGCCAGGUGGCUGGAGGAGGUCGCAUUAGCUCAGCGUCCCCGGUCUAUCUUGGAACUGGUGAGCGCGUUUCUCCUUUGUGAUAUGCCCUGCCGGCUUGAUCUGGAUCCUCCUUGUGAAGCCUUUGUAGAGUCUUUGCUCCGCUGGGUCCCAGGCCCACUUCUGUAGCGCUGGCAAGAAUAUUUUGCUGGUAAUAAUAAUGAAAGCAUGGAUGACCACACCUGGCAUUUGUAAAGCACUUUCCCUUUUUAGAAACACUUUUAUCUCUUUAAUCUCUCGAUUGAUUUCUCCAUUAUCCUUGGGAGGUGGUUGCGGCUACAUUCCUGUACCCAUCUUUGAGAUGAGGCCCAGAGAGGGAGGUCUGUGCUCAAAGUCACACAGCAGGGAACUGUUCCACGAAGAUUUCCGGAAUGUCUACACGGACCUGGCCACUGGGGGAGCUGACUUACCUUGAGGCUGGGAGCCAAAGCCUAAACAGCAGCCCAAGCCCCAGAACUCAGGGAAGCGGCUUCUUUCCUCAUUGUGUGAUUCCUGCCCUCGGAGUCUGGACGGCAUCUCAGUAUUUCCAAACGGAGCCCCAUUUCUGGGCCUAGAAGUGCCUGAGAGGCCUGGCGAGGCCAUAGAAGUCCUUCCCAGGGGCUCUUUUGUUACAUCACCCAAGAAGGCUGGGCUGCAUCACUGGGCCCCUCCAGAGGAGUUUUAUUUGCUCUUAUUUGAAAUUUUCGUUUUUAGGAUAUAUUGUUUCCCACUGGAUUUCUGUGCUGUUGUCUUUUUCCUUGAAAAAUCAGCCCCACUGAUAAACUGGGCCUUCUCUCCCAACUGGCUGCAGUAAGCCAGUGCAAGGGAUAGGAUGCAUGGGGGGGUCUCCAAUUUACCAAAUGCCCCCUGCCCCAGGCCUCCACACUCAUGGAUGUCCUUGCAGGGCUGUCCUGGGCACACAGAGUCUGCCUCCUGCUCUAGUUAACCCCAGGGGCCCCAGAAUCCUCUAUUGCCUGGCAGACAGAUGGACAGACAGACCCAUGCUAGCCUUGAAGUUUUAUUUCUUGCUUUACAAAGUUUCCUUUCCCCCAAACCACGAACUUCCAUGGCUUUUCGUCCCAGCACACUUCAGAAUUACAAAGGCAGCUAUCAGGUGUCCAGGGCCCACUCGUCCAUCCAUGAUUAUUCGUGAUGUUCCUGUCAAAUGCCAGGCACCCUCCUGGGUGCGGGGGUACAGCAAUGUCUAAGGCCAAGUGGGACUGACGGCCUGGUGGUGGAAAGACAGCCAAUAAAAAACUACGUGCCA